UUCCUCAUCUUCAUUCAUCUUCAUCUUCAUCUUCAUCAUCCAGGCGAAAUCGCUAGAUCGAUGACGACGACGACGACGACAAAGCAACUCUCCCCAAAACCUAAAUAAGCAUCUAGAGGCGAUCCGAUGGAGGGAUCUCGUUUGGAUCUCAGAGAACCCAUCGGAGACGCGAUCUCGAGGAUCCGAUUCGCGCCGAGAUCGAACAAUUUGCUAAUUUCUUCGUGGGAUUCUGUUCUGAGAUUGUAUGAUGUGGAUGGAUCGGAGCUUAGAUUGGAAUCUAUCUCGGAAGGGGCGCUUCUAGAUUGUUGCUUCGAGGAUGAAGAAACGGCCCUUAGCGCUGGAUCGGAUGGAUGCAUACGGAGGUAUAAUUUGUGUUCAGGAACUCAAGAUGUAGCGGGUAAGCACGGCGAUUGCAUCAAGUGCAUCGAGUACUCGGCGCAAACGGGUCAAGUAAUCACUUCUAGUCUUGACAAGAAGUUGAAAUUCUGGGACAUGAAUCGAAGCGGAAAUUCAGGAUGCACAAAAGUUGUAGAUUCAGAUGUGUGGUCUAUGGCAUUAUGCGGGGUGUAUCUAUUAGCAGCUGGUGGAACAGCAGUAGAUGUUCAUGACCUGCGAAAUUUAAACGGGCCAGUUCAAUCAAAAGAAUUGUCUACGGACUAUCCUAUUAGAUGUGUUCGUUCAUUUCCGACGUGUCAAGGAUAUGUCACUGGGUUAGUUGACGGAUGUGUUGCGUUGAAGUACUUUGAUCCUACAAAUGAGAUGGGGUGCGUUUUCCGUUGUCAUCCGAAAUCAAAAAACGGAAGGCUCCAUCUGGUAGCCAUAAAUGACAUUGGUCUUCAUCCAUGCUAUGAUACUUUUGUUACUGGAGAUAACGAAGGCUAUGCUAUUAUGUGGGAUGCUCAAGGCAGAAAGAAGCUGUUUGAGUUCCCAAGGUACCCGAACAGUGUGUCGUCCUUGACUUAUAACUGUAACGGUCAGCUAUUGGCAGUUGCAUCAAGCUUCACAUACCACGAAGCAAAUGAAGUCGAGGAAGCUCCGCAGAUAUUCAUACAUAAAAUGGAGAAUUUGGCCCGAACUUCAUCAGCGUAGGGGACUUCAUAUGUGAAAAAAA